AUGUCUGACGUCCCGCAGAAUUUAAAGCAAGAGGACACUAGCUUGGGUGUUAAACGUGUCAGAGAUGAGUCGGACUCCGAGCUGGAGACGUCUGUACCUCCCUCUGCACCAUCUCUUCCAACCAAGGAAGAUUCGGUGAAAUUUGAUGACGAUGAUAAUUCCGACGCUGAUCAGUCUCAAGGAGUCAACGAACAAGGCGAAGAAGGAAACGAUGUUGAUGAAGAUGAAGAAGAUGAAGACGACGAUGAAGAUGAUGAUGACGUCAGCCUGUCUAGAAAGGCUAAGCGGAGAAGAGCCAACCAAUUCCUUGAUAUCGAAGCCGAGGUUGACGAUGAGGAGGAAGACGAACUUGAUGAAGACGAUGAAGAAGCUGAACUUUUGCGCGAGCAAUUCAUCUCCGAUGAGCAUGUCGACAAGGGAGAAGUUCCUGAUGCCAAUGAUGACAGGCUCCACAGACAAUACGAUCAGCGUCGUCAACAGGCUGAAGAUCAAGACGCAGAAGAAUUGGCAGAAACUUUGAAGCAACGUUAUAGAAAGACUCAUACUGUUUACCGUGGUGAUACCACUGCGAGUGGAACGGUAUCCCAAAAGUUGUUGAUGCCUUCGAUUAACGAUCCUGCCAUUUUCGCUAUUCGUUGUUCUCCUGGAAGAGAGAAAGACUUGGUGCGCAAACUUUAUGAGAAGAAGCGUACUUUGGCUCGUCUGGCUCGUCCUCUUGAUAUUUUGUCCGUUUUCCAGAGGGACUCGUUCAAAGGUUACAUUUACAUUGAAGCUAAGAAGCCUGAGGCCAUUGAACGUGCUUUGACUGGUAUGGUUAACGUUUAUGCGAAACAAAGAAUCAUCGUUCCUGUGAGCGAAUAUCCUGAUUUGCUCAAGCAGGUCAAGUCGUCUGAUGUGGAGAUUGUUCCUGGUAUUUACAUCAGAAUCACUCGUGGUAAAUACAAAGGUGAUUUGGCCAUCGUGGACAACUUGUCCGAAAAUGGUCUUGAGGUGCGCUGUAAGUUAGUGCCACGUUUGGAUUACGGAAAGAAUGAUGAUAUAUCUGCCGAUGGAAAGAGAGUCAAGCUGAAGGUCAGACCCAUUCCACGUUUGUUCAACGAGCAGGAAGCCAGAAUGUAUGAUGGUGAUUUCUUACAACCUGGAAGAGGACCCAGAAGUUACAUUUAUCGUGGAGAUGAAUACAUGGAAGGCUUCCUUUUUAAAGAUUUUAAGUUGCAGUUCAUCCAAACCAAAGAUGUCCACCCCACCUUGGAAGAAUUGGAUCGCUUCCAAACCGGUAAUGCUGAAGAAGAUGGCUUGGAUCUUGCCGCAGUAGCAGCCUCCUUGAAAAACAGUAAGAACCAAGGAACUGGCCAAGUCAGCUCAUUCCAGCCAGGUGAUAAUGUUGAGGUCCGUCGUGGAGAACAGGCCAAGACAGUUGGUAAGGUUUUAAGUGUGUCUUUGAACGAAGUGACGAUGAUCGUCACAGAUAGUGGAGAUCUCAAAUUUGUCAAUCAGGAGUUGACUGUUCCAGCAAAUGAUUUGCGUAAGGUAUUCACUCCAGGUGAUCAUGUCAAGGUAAUUGAAGGCAAGCAUGCUGACCAAACUGGUUUGGUCAUUAAGAUUGACGGUGAUUCCGUUGUGUUAUUGAGCGACCAGACCAAGGAGGAUGUACGUGUUUUCGCAAACUACCUUAUCAAAGCAACUGAUACCUCCUCGAGUGCUGAUAUUGUCAACAGUAAGUAUGAGAUUAAGAAUUUGGUUCAGCUCAAUGCCUCCACUGUUGGUACUAUCGUCAAAGCCGAAAAGGGUCUUUAUGGUGUGUUGACUUCGGACGGCAGAUUGGUUUCGGUUAAGCCAACAGGAAUCGCCUCCAAGCUCGCCUUGACACGCAGAGAACAAGUUGCCACUGACAGAAAUGGUCUUAGCAUAAACGUUGGUGAUACUGUGAAAGAAAAUGGUGGUGAUAAAAGGAAAGAAGGUGUGAUUUUGCAUAUUUACAAGAGCACAUUAUUUGUGGAGUCGCAUGAACUUCAAGAGAACUUGGGAAUAUUUGUGACCAAUGCGUUGAAUGUUAGUACUGUCUCUACAAAGAACUCGAUGGUUUCCAAAACCUUAGGACCAGACUUGAGCCGAAUGAAUCCCAACUUGAAGCUCGCUCCAGUUGCGACUCCGGGCGUGAAAGUACGUGCCGGGGGUCGUGAUAAAUUGCUUUACAAGGAUGUUGUCGUUAACAAUGGUAAUUACAAGGGUCUUAUGGGCAAAGUCGUUGAAACCGACGAUGUUGACGCCAGAAUUGAGUUGCAUACCAAAUCCAAGAAGAUUAAGGUGAAUAAGACGAAGUUAAGUGUGAUGAUUAGAGGAGAGUCAAUUCCUUAUUUGAGGUUCAUUGGGGCAUCGGACGGUCCACGUCACCCCCAAGGCUCGUCUUCUGGGCCCGCCUUCUCUUCAGGAGCAAGAUCGGCCUGGGGUGGUGCAACUCCUGCCGUUAAUUCCACGGGUGGUGCUUCAACGUGGGGCGGAAAAACCCCAGCCAUCAAUGCCGGUGGUGCUUCUGCGUGGGGCUCAAGUGGGGGCGCUUCUGCCUGGGGAUCAACUGGAGGAGGAGCUUCUGCUUGGGGCUCUUCUGGUAAUGCUUCUACCUGGGGAGGAAAUGCCUCUGGUGGUGCCUCGGCCUGGGGCUCCGGUGGUGGUGCUGGUGGCGCUUCAGCAUGGGGCUCCGGAAAUAAUGGAAGCAAUUCUGCCUGGGGCUCUGGAAAUAACGGAGGCAAUUCUGCUUGGGGUUCAGGAAACAACGGAGGCAAUUCUGCUUGGGGAAGCAAGUCGGGGGGGAAUUCAUCAACGUGGGGUGGUAAGUCCGGCUCAAGUGGUGGUAAAGGUGGAAGAGAAUCUGCUUGGGGCCAGUCAGGUAAUUCUGCCUGGGGAAACAACAAUGGUGGUUCUUCUGCUUGGGGACAGAACAAUUCAGGCAACACCUCUGCGUGGGGAAAUUCCAAUUCAGGUAAGAACUCUGGAUGGGGUAAGAGUGGAGGCAACUCCUCUUGGGGAAGCAAAUAG